GUUCGUGGAUGCCGAUCACUGAACUGAGCUCAGGCUAUGAAACCGUAUUCACUUUUGAAGAAGAUUUGAAAUACUCGUGCUGCCAGCCAUGGCUGAAGCUCUCACUAAAGAAUCAACAAAUGGGGCAGAUACAGAGCCUGAUUCUGUGACAAAUGUAGUGGCCUUUACUGCAGCAGAUGCUAAAGAAGGAACUGAACCAAGUGGUGAGGAACUGUCAGAAGACAUGAAGCAAGAUGAUGACUCAGAUGAUGAGAAUACCUUUCCAUUUGACAGCUUAGAUGAUUUUGAGGUGGUAGAUGAGGUGGAGGACCCUGUUGAUGAUGCUGACAAUGAGGCUGCUGAUAAGGAUGAACAAAACGGAAGUGAGGAGGGUUUACCUGAGGUGAACGAAGAUGAUGUAGUUAUGGAAGAAACUGCAGAGAUUGAUCUAGAAUCUGAGAGACCUGCUGAACAUACAUCACAGGAAGAACAUGGUGAUGCAGAGGAGAUCAGUGGUAUCUUAGUUGAGUCUUUGGAGGAUCCUAAUAAAGAAGAGAAUAUGGGUGAGGAGCGAACUAAGGAGCUGAAGGAAACUGAGGAGGUUGAGGAAGGAGGUGACAAGGCAGGAGACUAUGAGGAGUUACAAGAUGAGGAUACAGUGGAGGGUGAAAAAGGGGCGGCAGAAGAGUAUGAAGAAGAAGUAGAGGGUGAGGGUGAAGAAGUAGAGGGUGAGGAGGAGGAAGAGAUGGAAGCUGAAGAACAGGAGGAAUAUGAAGAGGAAGAAGAAGUUGUAGAGGAAGAAUACAUUGAAGGUGAAGAAGUAUGUGAAGAAGAGGUAGAAGAAGAAGAAGAUGAGGAAGUAGUUGAAGGAGAUGAAGAAUUUAUUGAAGGAGUGCAGGAAGUGGAGAUUGAAGAGGAAGCCGAGGAGGAAGGAUGUGAACUACCAGAAGAGCAAGCUCUUGAGACCGAGGUCGAAGGAAUGGCUGCAGCAGACAAUCUACCAUCUAAGGCCUCCAGGCAAAACCUCAGGAAGAAAACAGCUAAGAAUCUACUAAAUUUACAGAAAGCUGUUAUUAUAUACCAUGUGAAACCAGAUGACCUAAAAGAUGUCCUGCUGCAGCCUUGUCUGAAAAAGGCUGUAUGUUUCUGUGUAAGAUUUCUUGGCCCUAAAGGAUGUACUAAAGGAGGACAUUUGGAAGCUCGCUUCAGUAGCCAAAAAGAGGCUAAGGAACAGAUGGAAAUGAUCAACAGUACUAUAUUUAAGAAUGGGCAAAAAAUGAAGGCUUUUUUGUUAGGACCUGGUGGAGGACCUAUGGACUGGUUACUGAAUGAAUGGCAGAGAUCUAUAUCACCAGCAGGUAUCUUUGAGUCAAGAUGUGUGUUUGUUAGCAACGUUCCGUCGUUUGCCCGUGAAGAAAUGCUGCGAGCGCUGUAUCCUACAGCCGAAAGUGUAAACCUCCCCUUGAAGCCAGACGGACAAACCAAUGGGUAAUGUGACACGGCAGACACCAGGGAUUUGUUUGCUUAUCUUAUUAUUUGACUCUAUAUCAUGUGUUCUUUUUGAAUAGCUGUGUAUUGUAAAAAUAUUCACAGACCGGGAGUCGUUUAUGUACAUGUAAUUUGUAAUAUUAUUAAGGAGAUCUGCUUUUUGUGGCUCUUUUAGAUCAGUAGAGUGUUGUUCUCUUAACAUUUUCCAUGUCUUCAUAUACCCAUUGUUAGUGAAGAAUUUGAAUUCCAGAGAUGAUUUCCUUUUCAGUAUAUUUUUGUAAUCUUUGAUUCAUGAAAAAUGUAUAUAAUUGCUACUAUUACAUGUAUAGUAAGUCCAUGUAAAGGUGAUAUAUAAAGUCUGCCUGAGACAGUAUGGAUUAAAUACUCAGGUAAUACAGACUAAUUUUUUUGAUACAUUCUUGGUGAUGUCACUGGGUUUCCCAAAUCACUAAGGCAGUGUUGUGCGAAGAAGAGAUGAGCAAUGCAAAGAAGCCUAGCGUAGCCCAAAACUUUGUGGAAGUAGGAUUCCUGGCCCUUGUUUUGGAUGUCUCACCUUGUAAUACCAAAUACCUACAGACUCAGUACCCAGAGGAAGAAAAGAAGAACGACCCAUGUUGGAACUUCAGGCUUCAUGCAGUUUAAAAAGCCCGUUUGUUAAAUCUGGGCUUAGGUGGCUGAUGUGGGAAUCACAUAAGUCAACAGGCAUUACAUGUAGCUGAAUAUGUGGGGCCUGCACCUUCACCUAGAAGCUAGGAUAUGUAAGCUAUCGGAACUACAUUCACGCCUCCUGGCAAUGAUGUUACACCUUAACAAGUCUUGGGCACAGAGCCCAAUAGAGGGCUUGACACAUGCCAGUAAAGCAGUACUAGAGAUCUCAGAAAGAGCAACAAGUGGUAAAGAAUUGAUUUUUUAGCCUGGGCUAUACUGGAGAUGAGUCUCAGUAAAGAACUUCUGAGGGAAUACUUUGAGGUUUCAGGCCACAGAUUGUGAAGAUUGUGAAUUUUGCAGAGAUCUUCCUAGCCAUACCCAAUCAAACCGCUUAUUUGUUAAUACACAGUUAUUAUAGUUUUACCUAAAUGUUAUUUACUAAUUGAAUUUGAUAACUUAAUGUUCUGAUUGUGAUUAAGUUCUGAUUAGGAUUUGUUCCCAGGCUUGCUAUAUUUUGAAACACUCAGUGAUUCCUGCCAGCCACACAGAAAGAAACUCUUAAAAGUUAAGUGGGAAUUUGUUAAAAGCUUUUUUUGGUUAUUGUCUGUUAUUGGGAAGAAAAAAAAAGCAGGUACACAGAGAGUAGAAAUAUACAAGGGCAAGUGUUCUAAAAGUGUAGAUACACUGGCAGGUAUUUGAUAAUUGUUUUGGAAUAGAGUGAAUGAAAGCAUAGUUACAUGUUACAUGAAGAACACGUAUGUAAGAAAUGGUGAAGAAGAGUGCAGAUGUCCUUGAAAAUGUUGAAGAAGAUGACAACUGUACAUAUGUUGAAGAAAGGGCAAAUGUACUCGCAGAUGUUAAAGCAGAGAGCAGAUGCAUUUGCAAAUGUCAAAGAAGACGGCAGAUAUGCUUGUACAUAUUGACGAAGAGAUGCCCUUUCACAUGUGAAAGAAAAGGAGGACAUUAUGUAAUGUCAUUGAGAAGAGAGAAGGUGUACGGCUGUAUGUGGUGUAGAAGCAAACGUAGAAGAGUAUAUUUAUUUUGGAUAAAAUGUCAGAUGCAUGUAUACUGUUACAUCUAUGUUGGAGAAGAGAGCAGGCUCAUUGGCAUAUGGUGGGGAAAAGGCAGAUGUACGACUUAUGUCAAAGAAGAGGAAGAUGUAUGGCGUAUGGUGAAGAAGAGACCUAUGUAGGUGUAUGACGAAGAAGGGACAGAUGUAUUGAAUAUGGUGAAGAAGAGACAGAUGUAGGGUGUAUUACGAAGAAGAGACAGAUGUAGGACAUAUGGUGAAGAAGAAGCAGAUGUACUGGUGUUUGGGACGAGAACAAAUGUACUGGUGUUUGGUGGGGAAGUGGGCAGAUGUAUUGCAAGGCCUUGGAGAAGAAGAAGAGGAAAAACAUGAUAGUGAUUGUUAGAGAAGAAGCAGAUGUACCUUUCAUUGGUAUAGAGGGCAGAUAUUCUAAUAUACUGAUAACAACAUAGAUUGAGUGGAGGGAUUGAGUCCUGAUCUUCAUGUACAUCAACAUAGAUUAAAGGAUAAAU